CCUUUCUCGUCCCUUUUCCGUAUCGGACACCUCGCUCCCUCUCUUGCGCAUGGAGAGCUCCGCCCUCCCUCGCCCCGUCACCUUCCCCUUACCUGCCCGCCCCACCGCCCUCCUCCGCCACCGCCAACUCUCUGCCUUCCGCCUCCUUCCACAUCACUCCUCCCCUAUCUCUUACCCCCGCCGCGCACUCUCCCAUCUCCCCCUCCCCCUCGCCCCGUGCCGCGUCAAACCCUCCCUUCAACUCGUCCGCGCCUCCUCCUCGCCUUCGAUCGCCGCUCCAAACCCGGAAUCCACUCCGGCGCCGUCGCCGCAGCCGGCCCAGGGGGCGAAGCCGGUGCCCCUCGCGAUCUCCCUCGCCGUCGGCCUCGCCGUUCGGUUCCUCGUCCCGCGACCCGUCGAGGUAACGCCGCAGGCGUGGCAGCUCCUCGCCAUCUUCCUCUCCACCAUCGCUGGCCUGGUGCUGAGCCCUCUGCCGGUGGGCGCCUGGGCCUUCAUUGGCCUCACUGCCUCGGUUAUCACCAAGACUCUGACCUUUUCGGCGGCCUUCGGGGCAUUCACGAAUGAGGUUAUCUGGUUGAUCGUGAUCUCGUUCUUCUUCGCUAGGGGGUUCGUCAAGACCGGGCUUGGGGAUCGGAUCGCCACGUACUUUGUGAAAUGGCUUGGUAAGAGCACAUUGGGGCUGUCGUAUGGGCUUACGGUCAGCGAGGCUUUUAUCGCCCCUGCAAUGCCGAGCACCACAGCAAGAGCCGGUGGAGUGUUCUUGCCUAUCAUCAAGUCCUUGUCCCUCUCGUCCGGGAGUAAGCCCGGGGAUCGUUCGGCCGGGAAGCUGGGUUCUUAUCUAGUCAUGUCUCAGUUCCAGGCAGCUUGUAACUCUAGUGCGCUCUUUCUAACUGCUGCGGCACAAAAUCUAUUAUGCCUAAAACUGGCUGAGGAACUUGGUGUUAAGAUCUCAAGUCCAUGGGUAUCAUGGUUUAAGGCUGCAAGUUUACCAGCUAUUGUUUCACUUCUGGCUACUCCAUAUAUCCUAUAUAAACUGUUUCCUCCUGAAGUGAAGGACACACCAGAUGCACCAGCUUUGGCUACAAAAAAACUGGAACAAAUGGGACCUAUCACAACAAAUGAAUGGGUGAUGGUUGGUACCAUGGUUCUUGCAGUUUCAUUGUGGGUCUUUGGAGAUGCCCUUGGAAUACCCAGUGUUGUUGCAGCAAUGCUUGGACUAUCCAUCCUUCUACUUUUGGGUGUUUUGAAUUGGGAUGAUUGCCUAAGUGAAAAGUCUGCAUGGGAUACCUUGGCUUGGUUUGCUGUUCUAGUUGGAAUGGCAAGUCAAUUGACAAAUUUGGGGAUUGUGACAUGGAUGUCAAAUUGUGUGGCCAAGUUUCUUCAGUCUUUUUCCUUAAGCUGGCCUGCAGCUCUCAGUGUUCUUCAAGCAUCCUAUUUCCUCAUCCAUUACUUAUUUGCAAGUCAGACUGCUCAUGUAGGAGCCCUGUACUCGGCAUUCCUUGCCAUGCAUUUGGCAGCUGGUGUUCCCGGUGCAUUAGCAGCUCUUGCUUUGGCAUACAAUACAAAUCUUUUUGGUUCAUUGACACAUUAUAGUAGUGGUCAGGCUGCUGUAUACUAUGGAGCGGGAUACGUCGAGCUUCCUGAUGUAUUCAGGCUGGGUUUCAUAGUGGCUGCAGUCAAUGCCUUGAUCUGGGGAGUCGUUGGUACUUUCUGGUGGAAAUUUUUGGGACUUUACUGAAUAUGGUAGUGGUCCAUCACAAAGAAAAGGAUUCCUGCUUCACCAAUGAUGCUCAUCCUCCACUACAUAAAUAAUUCUGGAGAAACUCUAUCUGCUCUUUCCUUUCGGUCUUUGUGGUCCAAAGCUUUGAUUGUUAGAAGGAUCCAGUCAUUCAAUUCACUAUCAGGUAACCUAAUGUUCUUUCCAAUCUCUAUAUGAAUGAUUUUUCUUGUUAAUGUCAGUGUUUAUGAUGGAACAUGCAUUUGCAGAAACUCAAUUGAUUUCUGAAAGAUCAGAUGAGGAGAGCAUUUCUUUUUUGCUACAAAUGUUGGUAAUAUGAAAUUGGCCCUUCUCAUUUAAUUUCAUACCGUUCUAUAUACUUGGAUA